AUGCCCGAUCCGAUUUCGAUCAGGGUGGAAACCAACCAGCCCGCCACGAUGCGUGACGGCACCUUGCUCUACGCGGACGUGUACCGGCCCGAUGGCCCGGGCCCGUUCCCGACGAUCCUCCAGCGCACCCCCUACGACAAGGCGUCGCCGCUGUCGGCGCUGAUGCUCGACCCGAUGAAGGCCGCCAGGGCCGGAUUCGCCCUCGUCAUUCAGGACACCCGCGGGCGCUACACCUCGGGCGGUGAGUUCUACUGCUUUGUUGACGACAUCAACGACGGCUACGACACCGUGGAGUGGGCCGCCUCUCAGCCAUGGUCCAGCGGCAGGCCGCCGCACCUGGCCGCCAUCGCGCCCAACGUCACCGCCUCUAACUAUCACGACGGCUGGACCUACCAGGGCGGAGCCUUCGAGCUUGGCUUCAACGUCUCCUGGACCAUGCUCCAGCUGACCCUGGCCAACUUCAAGACCCACUCGGCCGUGAAGAACAUCCCGCAGGCGCGCGGCGCCGAGCUGCUCAAGGCCGGCGGUCUGGCCGACUAUUUCUUCGAUUGGCUGGAGCAUCCCAGCUACGACGACUACUGGGAAAAGCUGUGCGUCGAGGACCAGCAUUCCAACAUCAACGUACCGGCGCUGAACAUUGGCGGCUGGUACGACAUCUUCCUGGGAGGCACCAUCCGCAACUUCCUGGGCAUGCGGGAGAAGGGGGCCACCGAGGAUGCCCGCCGCGGGCAGAAGCUCAUCAUCGGACCCUGGCAGCACGGCUCGCGAGGCGGCAGCAUGGCCGGCGAUCACUACUUCGGGGUGGCCGCCGACGCCAUGGCCCUGGGUCUCGACGAGAUUCACCUGCGCUGGUUUCAGCACUGGCUGAACGGCCAGGAUACCGGGCUUCUGGAUGAGCCGCCGGUCAAGAUCUUCGUGAUGGGCGACGACGUUUGGCGUGACGAAAACGAGUGGCCGCUGGCCCGCGCCCAGGCCACCAGCUACUACCUGCACAGCGGCGGCAACGCCAACACUCUGCACGGCGACGGCGGCCUCAGCCCGGUGCCGCCCGCCGACGAGCCUCCCGACAUUUUCCUUUACAACCCGGCCAACCCGGUGCCGACGCGAGGCGGACCGCUCUGCUGCAACCCGUACUUCGCCGCCAACGGCGCCUUCAACCAGAAGGAGAUCGAAGCGCGUCCCGACGUGCUGGUGUACUCCACCCCUGAACUGGAGCGGGACGUGGAGGUCACCGGACCGGUCACCGUCACACUGUGGGCCGCCACUUCGGCCACCGACACCGAUUUCACCGCCAAGCUGGUGGACGUUUGCGAGGACGGCUGCGCCCGCAACCUGACCGACGGCAUCAUUCGGGCCCGCUACCGAGAGUCGAUGUCCAGCCCGUCGUUGGUGGAUCCGGGGCGGGCCUACUGCUACACCAUCGACCUGUGGGCCACCAGCAACGUGUUCAAGGCGGGGCACAAGGUCCGACUGGAGGUGUCCAGCAGCAACUUUUCCCCGCUUCGACCGUAA